AAAAAAUUGAUAGAGGUUAUAUAAAGAUUUACUAUCAGAAAUCACAAACGACAUACAUUAUCGCAAUUAGCGACAUUUACACAGUGACAGAUCUAUAAUAUUGAUAUAUGAUUGGUUACAUACAAGCCAAUAAAAAACGGGCAAGUAGCCAAUCAAAUAGUUUCAUUGUGUACGAUAUUCACAUAAAUACAGUCCUAGAUUCUGUUAAACGUAUUUGUUAGAUUUGUGAAAUUGUAUGUGUAGCUAUAUAACAGAUUACUUUGUUUUUCACAAAUGCACUUUUAAGUUUUCCUGUUUCCUCAUAAUUUAUGUAUAUUUUUUCCUCUAUUCGAUCUAUUAUAAUCAAAGUCUUCAUUAAAUCAUUUGAUAUAUUUAAAAUAUGAAAUGAGAUUUGCAAUAAUUCGGCAAUAAAGAAAAAAAAGAAAGAAAAAAAAAAGAACUUUGUUUACGAAUGAAUGUUUGCUUUAGAUACGAUAAGUUUUAAAAAAAAAUGUCAAGUAAUAUGGAAAAUUUGACUGCGUCGGAGAAAGAAGAAAGUGAAAAGAUGAAGAAAGAACUUGAAAAAAUGGGAAUAGAUAGGCCAAACUAUAAUUUAAGAUACAUGAAGCAAAUUAUCAAUGUAAUACGUGAAUCUAAAGAAAUGGCCAACAGACCAGAAAAUAAUGCAAGAAAUCAAAAGGAUUUGCCAUAUUCUACUAAUAAUUCUGUACCAGAUGUAGCGACUAAAGCAAAGUCAAUACUAGAAACAGAUAAUGACCGACCAAAACCAAGUUGCUCGUACAGCACUUAUCAUAAUAGUAGCUCAGAAUCACCUAAUGUUCGUGAUAAGAAAAACAUUAUGUCUAGAAGAAGGAGUUCGGAUGAUGAUGUCAGUGAUGAUGGUUCAGAUAAAUACCUAUCUCAUCAAAAAUCUAAAAAUUCUAUGCAGGAAUGUUCUAAUUCACGUAUAGAAAAUAAAUUAGGUGCUCCAUUAGAACAUAAAAAAAAAUUGAUCAGAUGGCGAAUUAAUCCAUUAGAUUCUCGCUCUGAUCAAAACGAUGUGCCUUUACAACAGCCAAGGCGACCUCCAGCUCAAGAACGCAUACCUUUCAGAUUUUGUAAAGAUGCGAAUACAACUGAAAAGGGCAAUAAAAUAAUGAAUGAAUUGAGUAUUCAUUUGAAAGAAAUGGCAGAUCUAUGGUUCAGUUGCCAUGGUUCAACCCAAUUGAAGUUUCGAUGGGGGACACCCAUUCAGGUGGAUACUGAUAACAACAGUUUGGACAGAAAACCUCUCAUGGUUGCUACUAAUUUCAAUGAAUUAGAAAAUAUAAGCAGUAAUUACGACAGAGCUAACAAAAGGAAAGCUGCUUGGUUUAUUAAUACAGCAGUAUCAAGUUCUAGCAGUGAUGAUAAUGAUGAAAUGAGUCUUAGCCUUCUUAAAAAAACAAAAAUUGAAGAUACAAAUAAAGUACACAAAAUAUUAUAUAACAAGGAACCAAUAACUCAAGAAACAGAUUGUUUAAAGCAACAAUCUGAUAAAGAAGAUUUAUUAUCAAAUAAUAAUUUUAAUGUUAUUAAUGACAACGAUACUACUAGAAAAAGUAUAAAUAUAAAAUCUUUGCAAGGGCCUAAAGAAAGAUCUUCUGAAAUGUUAUCCAAUACAAAAAUAGAGACACUUUUAAAAUCAAAUGUGUUUGAUAAAAAUAAGACAUUAAGUACUUAUUCGUCUUUAAAAAAUCAUAAAGAUACAAAUAAAAAUGAUGUAGAAAGAAGUCCUAAUACAUCAAAUAAAGAAAGUCUAGAUUACAAACUGACAACUAAAGAAGCAGUUGUAGAAUUGGAAAGAAUUAUUGACAAAGAUAAUGAAAUGCUAUUAAAUGAAGAUGUUGUUAUUAAACCAUUAUCUUUGAAGAGUUUUUCAGCACGACUAGCAAAACAAUGUGUGCAUUUAAAACAAGUUGAUGCUGAAAGAAAAAGAAAAAUACUUUCAGAUCAAAAGGAAGCUCAAAGAAAAGAGGAUGAAGAAAAAGAGAAAAGAAAGCAAGAUUUUAUGAAAAGAAGAAUGCAGGAGAUGGAGGAAACAUUUAUAAAUAAAGAAAAAGCUCAAAGUAAAGAUAAGAGAAAGGAUAGGCUGGUAGAAGUAUUACAAUCUAGAAACACAAGUCGAACACAAAAGUGGAAGGAUCAAGAAAGAAAGCAAAUAGAAAAGCAAAAUAAAGAAGCUGUACUUCAGGACAAUGGCAAUGAGGAUAUAAUUAAAGAAAUGGCAAAGGAUGUUUAUUAUUUAGAAAAAAAAGUAACUUGUCCUAUCUGUAAUAAAUCUUUCCCAAGCGAUAAGAUAGAAAAUCAUGCAGCUACGUGUGAUCAAUUUGAAGAGGAUAAUGAACCUGAACAAGACAUUACUUAUUCUCCUCAAAACAGUAGAUAUGUAGUCAAAGAAAAAACUAAGAAUUCAAAAACGACAUUUGAAUGUAAUAUUUGUUCUACAUUUAAAACAGAAAAUGGCAUAGAUUAUGAAGAUCAUGUUAAUAAAUGUUUACAAGAUAAACAGAAUUCUCCAUCUCGAGGUACUUCUAUGAUGAUCAAUGUACCUGAUUCUCCUGUACGUUCUUAUCAAUCCAUUAGUGAACAAAGAACUUCUAACAUAGAUUACAAUGGACAAUUAAUUUCAGUAAGGAAAGCACAAGUAGGUAGGAAGAGAAAACUAUAUUUUAUGAAGGAAUUGAUAAUAUUUAUAUUAAUUAUAUGUGUAAAUAAUGUGGCUGUGGAAUUCAUAACCUUAAAUGGUGCAUGGAAAGGAACUAUUUUAUGCGAUAAAUCUUCUAACAAAAAAUGUCAAGAGCUAGAUUUUCCUGCAAUUGUGCCAGGCGGUAUCUAUACAGAUUUAACUACUGCACGUUUGAUACCUAAUAACUUUCUAGCAAUGAACGAUAUAAAAAAUCGAUGGGUUGGAAACCAAACGGUUGUAUACAGCAAAAAUUUUACUGGGACAAAUACUUUUGUAAAUGGUUCAACAAUAGCCUUGAUAUUUCAUGGACUCGAUACUUUUGCUACUAUUUUUUUGAAUGAUCAUAAAGUAGGAGAAACUUCUAAUAUGUUUUUAAAGUAUAUAUUUUAUAUAGAACAAUAUAUAAAGAUAGGGGAGAAUAUUUUAAAAAUUGUAUUUCAUUCACCUAUAAAAAUGGCAAAUGAUUUAUAUAAAAAUCAAAGUCUACAAUAUAUUGUUCCCCCAAAAUGUGUUCCCAAAGAAUAUAAUGGAGAGUGUCAUGUUAAUCACAUUCGAAAAAUGCAAGCUAGUUUCUCAUGGGAUUGGGGUCCAGCCAUUCCUUCUAUGGGAAUUUGGAAAAGUGUUGAAUUAAUUUCUACAACUGAAAUUCUAAUUAUAGACAUUACAACAGACAUAUACGAAAAAGAUAAUCUUUGGGAAAUUUUUAUAACAAUAUUCUUUGAAAUUUCUCCUCAUAAAGAAAGUGACAUUAUUAUAUGUAAUAUAGCUUCAAAAUUAUAUACUAUAAAUUCUAUAUAUGCUCAAAAUUCAUCUGAUAUAAUAUUACAAGUAAAGAAUAGAUAUGCUACCGUAUCAACUAUAUUAAAUGUGGAUUCGAAAUUAAUUGAUAGAUGGUGGCCAAAUGGUUUUGGUAAACAAAAUUUGUACACAUUAAAAGUUGCUAUUACAACAGGAACUAAAACAGUAAAUAAAUAUAUGCGCAUAGGUUUCAGAACUAUAGAAUUAGUUGAAGAACCAUUAGAGAAAGGAUUGAGUUUUUAUUUUCGUGUAAAUGGUAUACCAAUAUUUGCAAAGGGAAGUAAUUUUAUUCCUGCAAGUAUAUUUCCUGAAUUAACAGCUAAAAAAGAUGUUAUUAGAAACCUAUUGCAAUCGGCUAAGGAAGCACACAUGAAUAUGCUUAGAGUUUGGGGUGGUGGAAUGUAUGAAUCUGAUUUAUUUUAUAAUUUAGCCGAUGAAUUCGGAAUUAUGAUUUGGCAAGAUUUUAUGUUUGCUUGCUCAAUGUACCCUACAAGUGAAGAAUUUUUAAGUUCCGUUAAAGAGGAAGUUAUACAAAAUGUACGACGAUUAAAAAAUCAUGCAAGUAUAGUUUUAUGGGCAGGCAAUAAUGAAAAUGAAGCAGCUUUAUAUAGUAAUUGGUAUGGAACUGGUAAAGAGGAUAUAUAUAAAAAUGAUUACAUUAAACUUUAUGUGAAUUUGAUUAAAAAGGAGGUAGAAAAAUUAGAUCCUACUAGACCUUUUGUUGUAUCCAGUCCUAGUAAUGGUUUAUAUACAAAAGAAUACAAUUAUGUUGGACAAAAUCCUUAUUCAAAUUUAUAUGGAGAUGUUCAUUAUUAUAAUUAUAUGAGAAAUGGAUGGGAUAUAAAUCAAUAUCCACGUUCAAGAUUUGUCUCAGAAUAUGGAUUUCAGUCGAUGCCAUCAAUUUAUACAAUGUUAACAGCUAUAGCAAAUUUUGAUGACUUACGGACAGGCAGUAACUUUUUGAAACACCGUCAACAUCUAUUUUUUGGUACUGAAUUCAUGGAAUUCCUUAUUUCUACAAAUUUUAUAAUACCAAAAUCAAAUAAUACAAUUCGAGAUUUUAUGGAUUUUAUAUAUUUAAGUCAAAUAAAUCAAGCUGUCUCAGUAAAAAUACAAACAGAAUCAUAUCGCCAAGCAAGAUCAGAGUUGAAUGCAUUAGGAGAAGGAUUUACAAUGGGAGCUCUUUAUUGGCAAUUAAAUGAUGUUUGGCAAGCUCCAUCAUGGUCCUCUAUUGAAUAUGGAGGAAGAUGGAAAAUACUUCAUUAUUAUGCAAUAGAAUUUUUCUCACCUAUUAUUGUAACUUCUCAUUUAUCUCAAGCAAACGAGCUAUCAAUAUAUAUUGUUUCUGAUAAAUUAUAUCCAAUAAGUAAUUGUACUUUAAAAUUGAAUAUCUAUAAUUGGAAUUCGAUGGUACCUCUACAUGUACAUUCUAUAGAUAAUAUUAAAGUUGAGCCAAAUAAAGCAAUGCGAAUUACAUCGAUAUGGCUUGAUAAAUUCCUUGAAAAAAUUAAAUGUGGAACAUUGGUAGAAGCAAAGAAAUUCUGUAUUAUGCGUCUUACGCUUGAAGAUUAUAAUGGAUUACAAAUAGCUCCCGUUAAUUAUGUAUACCCAACUGUAUUAAAAGAUGUAAAUAUCCCAUUAGCAAAUGUCAAAAUAAAAAUUAAUACAAAUUAUCUACCAGGAAAAUUGUCAAAUUAUCCAGAUUAUGAAAUUGAACUAACCACUAAUAAUAUAGCACUUUUUGUUUGGUUAGAAGUAAAAUCCAUAAGUGGACGUUUUUCAGAAAAUGGGUUUCACAUGUUCGAGCAAACAAAAUAUAUAAAGUUUCAUGCAUACGAAGCAACUACGCCAAACAUAUUACGAAAAAAUAUACAAGUUACAACUCUUUCUGACAUUUACAAUUCAAACAGAACUGUAAAUAUAUAUGAAUAUUUUUAUGAAGGAAAAUAAGUAUCAUAAUAUGGCGAAUUAAGAUAACGACGGCUCAAAUUAAUUACCACCAUAAUACAGCAAAGAAGUAAGGGUCCAAAAAUAGCACCUUCAACACCCAGACAAAAUAUUCCACCGGCUAUAGAUAAGCCAGUGAGAUAUGGAUGACCCCCACUAAAAUAAAGUAAAUAAAAAUUAAAGAUCUUUAAAUCACUUAAUUUAUAAAAAUUAUAUUAUUUAUGAUGAAUAUAUAAAAGUGUCAUACCCUUUUAUUUCUUUGUAAAACUCUGUUACAACGAUAUUACAUGGUAAAAAAUGGAAGAUAAAAAAAGGGAUAGCUAUCAUAGGUCCUCGUGUAAACCAAAGUUCUAAAGUUGCAGGAACACAAGCAAUAUAUGCAUCCAAAAAGGGGACAGCACCUAAUACUGUAGCUAAAGCUGAUGGUAAAUAUACAAUUUUAACUUGAAAUAAAUUAUGUACAAACCACGUCCACA